AGUGACAGUACAAAUAAAAAUCAAAAAUCGUUUUUAAACUCAGUUGUAUUUACAAACUUGCUGGGUGUGUGGUGUGUGUAUUUGUGUUAGUUUAUAAUAAUUUUAAACCGGGAGACUAAAAUAAAUAUUUACUUUUCUAGUCAGUUUAAAAAAUAAUAACUAUUAAAUUAAAGAGUUUGCAUAGUAAAUAUGCAGUUAUAGAGAGAAUAUCACAAUUCAUUAAGUUCAUAUAAGUAAUAAAAUAAAUCGAAAAUGUCCAAAUCUAACCAAGAAAAUCAAUUAAAAGGACCAAUAAUUGUUAAAAGCGUUAUCCCAAAAAAUCGCCAAGAAUUAAUAAAAUGGAAUGGUUGGGGUUACAAUGAUUCAAAGUUCGUUAUUAAAGAAGGGCCGGAAGUAUACUUCUCAGGAAAAAGGUACUUAAUAGGAGAGCUACGUUUACCUCAUAUUGUCGGCUGGGUCCGAGAUACAUUCAACAUAGACAUAGGCGUUCAGAAACCAAAAAAAAUUCAGGAGUUACCCAAUGAAGAUAAAUAUCCAAAGCCAAAUAUUACAGACGAAGCUUUAGAACAAAUCAGUAAAUUAGGAAUAUCUUAUUCAACCAAGGUAAUCGACAGGUUAAUAAGAGCACAUGGACAAACUUUACAUGAAAUUUACACUAUUCAAAAUUCAACAUUUGAAAGAAUUCCCGACGUAGUUUUAUGGCCCACGUGUCACGACGAUGUUGUAAAAAUAGUGACCUUCGCACAAGAAAAUAAUACAGUGAUUAUUCCUUACGGGGGCGGUACUGCUGUUUCUGGAGCUCCAGAGUGUCCGAAACAUGAGAAUAGAACGAUAAUUUGUUUAGAUACAUCACAAAUGAACAGGAUUUUAUGGCUGGACAAAGAAAAUCUUGUGGCUUGCUUCGAGAGUGGUAUCGUAGGUCAAGAUAUGGAAAGAGAACUGAAGAAACUCGGUUAUACAACUGGACACGAACCAGACAGCUAUGAAUUUUCUACACUUGGAGGUUGGGUCGCCACGAGAGCAUCAGGAAUGAAAAAGAACGUCUACGGUAAUAUAGAAGAUCUUGUUGUUCAUGUAAAAAUGGUAACUCCCAAGGGUGUUCUACAAAAAAACUGUCAAGUACCACGACUUAGCUGUGGUCCAGAUUUCAAUCAUAUAAUAUUAGGAUCAGAGGGAUCACUAGGAGUUAUUACGGAAGUGUUACUUAAAAUUCGACCCCUGCCAAAGUGUAAGAAGUAUGGUAGUAUAGUGUUUCCUUCAUUUGAAAAAGGCGUGGAGUUUAUGAGAGAAGUAGCGAAAAGAAAGUGGCAACCAGCUUCAAUUAGGUUAAUGGAUAAUGAACAAUUCAAAUUUGCUUUAAUUCUUAAACCAGAAUCUACUUAUUUUGGUUUAGUAUUGGACGGUAUUAAGAAAUUUUACAUCACAAUGAUUAAAGGAUUUGAUCCAGAUCAUAUGUGUGUUAUGACUCUUCUAUUUGAAGGCGAAGAAAGUGAAGUUAAAAUCAAUGAAAAAAAUCUUUAUAAUUUGUGUAAAAAUUAUGGAGGAUUUCCCGCAGGCGAACAAAAUGGAGAAAGGGGAUAUAUGUUAACGUUCGUUAUUGCAUAUAUUAGGGAUCUGGGGCUCCAAUUUGAAGUUGUUGCCGAGUCAUUUGAAACGUCAGUUCCUUGGGACAGAGCUGUUAAACUCGUCAGGAAUGUUAAGCACGUGGUUGCCGAUGAAUGUAGACGACUAGGAAUCACACACUUUUUAAUAAAUUGUCGCGUAACUCAAACCUACGAUGCUGGAUGCGUUAUUUAUUUUUAUUUAGGGUUUAAUCAUUGCGGUUUGGGAGAUCCCGUAACGUUACAUAACAGGUUAGAAACGAGAGCCAGGGAUGAAAUAGUAGCUAGCGGAGGUAGUAUUUCUCAUCAUCAUGGUGUAGGCAAACUUCGACAAAAAUGGUAUCCGUCCACAGUUUCAGAUGUUGGAGUAGGUCUCUAUCUAGCAGCUAAAAAUGAACUGGAUCCUAAGAAUAUUUUUGCUACUAACAACCUAGUACAAUCCAAAUUGUAAUUUAUUAAUUAAUUACAAACGAAACGAUUAUGUGAAAUAGAAACCAGUGCAGCGUUAGAACCAGUGAAGGUUUUUCUUAAGUAUUUUUGUAUCGUUAAAACUUUAGUGCUACUGAAUUAACGUUAAGUGCUUUUUAACUUCAGUCAAAACAUUUAAAACCACUAUGUUUAUUAUCACCUUUAUGUAUACUACUUUUUUAUGUAUAACUAUUUAUAAACUACUAUUUAUAGUUAUGCGAGGACCAAAUAUCAAUAAUGAACUAAUUGCCAAAAAUCAAAAAUAAAUAUGAAUCCUUACAUCAUCAACAAGUUUAAAGUUCCGCCACUAUAAAAAUAUUUCAUAUAAGUCGCAAAGUUCCCGAGUUUAUUAAACAAUGAACAAGAAAUUAACAAACAAGAUAUCUGGCAACGCAGCAAAUUUUCUAUAAUAUCACAGUUUAUAGACCGAGAGCUGGUAGACUUCUUUUAUCAAUGUCUUAAACACAAAAUCGAAGACUGAAUGGCUUUAGCAACUCUUGAAUUUUUUAAGUUGCAUUUGUUUUAUUAAAACAUGUUUUUGGGCAUUUAGAAACUUGAAUAAAUUUUAAUUUAGUAUUUAAUAAAAUAGAGAAUAAAUAAGCCUGAUCAUUUUACCAGCAAUAAGCUUCGAGCAUAUACUAACUAGAGGCAGCCUUCAAUCACUUUCAGUCCUCUGAGCACGAGGCGUGUACCGACAGAGAGAGCAAAUAAACAUAAAUACUAUCACUUUCGCACCCAACGGUUCGACUUUUGUACAGGAAAAUAGGGGGGUUUGAGGCCCGUCAAUCAUAGUAGAUGUGAGGGAGAUAGCAUGUAUUUUUAUUUGCUCUCUCUUUCGCAAUACUCGUAUCUCGCUCAAAGCAUGAAGGAUGCGCUUAGUUAGUAUAUGAUCGAAGGUACUGAGUUGAAGCGGUCUGCGGCAUACUUUAACUCGACCUGUCUGGACUAAAAUACUUAUUAUGGUGCAAGCAUCCAAGGUAUUACGAUAUUACUAUUUGAUAUAUUAAUUAUAUAUUUUUAUUAAUAAUUUAUGAAAGAAAAAUCAAUUUCGAUGUGUUGUACUAAGGGCCAAUUGUUCGAACGCUAAUCAAAACUUGAUUGUAAUCAAAUAUUUAAUUCCAAGCAAAUACGUCACAGCAGCUGUCAAAAUUAUUAAAAAUUGUUUAUUAUUAUUGAUUUGUAAAUAAAAAUUAACAUCAAGAAGAGUUUAAUUAUGGUUUAUUUUAAAUUAAAACGCAAAAUAAUAAAAUUUACGACGUGGCGUGUUUGAUUUUAAUUAAAUAUUUGAGUUUUGAUUAUCGUUCGAACAACUGGCUCUCAAAAUAGGAAAAUAAUCAGUUUUAUGAAAAAAUAUUAAAAAAUACUCAUGAUUUGUCAUGUUAUGCCAAUCCAUCAAAAACAUAGAUUGAGUAUAGAGACGUUAUCAUCACAGAAAACUAACGAAAAUGCUGUAACUCAAGUGUUUUUGCAAGAGACAAUCGCAUAGCAAGAGACUUCAUAGCCUAUCAUUUGGAAAAUAUAACAUCCCUCUAAAAUAGUAUGUGCUAUUGAAAAUGAUUUUUUAUGUACAAGCUUUUUAUUCUCUCGUAAUUUCAAUAUGAAUCAAAUAUUUGGACACGAUAAAAUUAUCUGACUGAUUUGUUUUUUAUUUGCUUAAAUACGAAAUUAAGAUAUUAAAACUUUAAAAAAUACUAUUCAAAUUACGGUCAGUUGUCUAUCCACAAAACCCGUUUAAUAAGAAUCUAUUAUUGUAUGAACUCUCCUAAAUGACCGUACACAACGUAUCGUUCAACGGUUGUCGAUGUCAAAUAAGCUACCUCUUCGUCCCUGUACCAUUUAUAAAAUAAUAACACUAAAACAAUUUCUUAGCUCCUUUAUUAGAACAUAAUUUUUUUGGAACAUUAUUUUAUCUUUGAAUUAAAUAAAAAAAAUUAGUUUCCAUGAAUAGCCCGUUUUUUAAAAUUAAUGUGCCCUAAGUUAAUGUACAAAAAAAGGUAUCCGAUGGCGAACACUAAUUCUCAGUAUUGGCACAUCUGAAACAAAACAUUCCAACGAGAUUACUGAAAGAAAACGCCUUUACAAGAAAGGCACCUACUUUUAAUCGAAAAUUAAAAACAAAAUGGCGGACAUUUGAAGGAAAUGUUGAAAAAAUCGAUUUUUUACCAUUUUUUUUUCCAAAAAGUAGUUAAUAAUUGUCUUGCAGAAUAGACAUAAAUAAAAUAAAACAAGAAUUAUGGCAGUCAGUCGCGUAGAUUCGAACAAUUGGUGUCUGCCGUAGUGAAAACGUCAUUUCGAGAAGAAAUAGUUUUAAGAUUUUUUUAAAUUUCAUAAUCAAAUGCUUUUGAAAAAAUGGAAUUUUAUCACUUACAUUGCUCAAUCUGCGAUCCCUGGUGUUAUAAAAGUAAACCAUUAUUUAUAAAACUCUCUUCUUGCUCUUAUUGGACUGCUUUAUUGGCCCAGCGGCCUUCCUUCGAUGCGACUUUGAUGGCUUUCUCGGCCAUAUAGAUCCUUUCUUCAUAUUUCAGCUGCGCAUAUUUAUAAAAUGCUCUAUCUGUGAUGCAGCCCACGACUUCCGUCUUAUUUAAGAGUGUCAUACGACUUUUAUUGAAGAUAGCCAUUGAAAUUUCACAAUUGCCUAGAAUGUUUUAUUGUAGCACUCAUUAUUAUUGUAAGAUUUCUUGAUAAGGAACGUUUUGAAACAUCUUGUGUCAACUUCUCGAACUCGGGUUUGAUUAACUCCUGCACCUCUGCCCUAAGAGCCGGUUUGAGUGUCUCAUUCGCUUGCGCUUUUAAAUACUUGCACUAAUUUGCAUUACACCCCGGUUGCGGUGCUUUGUCAGAUAUAAUAUCCGGCCCGAAUUUCUUGUUUCAUAUCCUCCAUAGAAUCUGGAUAACGUUGUAUCGCCAGAGAAUAAGUGAUUGAUGUCUUUCAUGAUUUUUUCUAUCAAAUCCCCGUUUUUUGGCUUAGUUUUCGGAGGUGCUUACACUGAAUUAUUGGAUUUUCUCUUUCACAACUGUUUAGUUUUUGGCGCGUUUUCAUUUUUCUCCGCUUUUUCUUUCACUUGAAUUUGCUUCUCUCCUGUUCUUUUAAUUUUUCGUACAUCGGUCAAAGUCUUUUUUACUUCUUAUAGGUGUCACAACAUUCGCUUCACCACGUGUAAAACACACUUCAAUUUUUGUACUGUAAAAUCUCCAUAUGGUUGGGCAUCCACAAGGUUUGUAAAGGUUUUGGAGUCGCCAUCACCGAUAUAAUAUUUGGAAUUAUGAAGAUUCAUAGAAUUCUUUUAAAUGUCUCUAUAAUUCCCUGAACCUCCAUACCUCCGGAACUACCUUCUAAGUUUGAGGAACUUUCUUCACUAUGUACACUGCUAAACCAUAUUUCAAAUUGAACGUGAUUCAUUUUCGCUUGUAUUAUUUCACACAUUUUACAGGUUUUGGGUUACACAAAAUAUAAAAUCUAAACUUUUUCUCGAAUAUUUUCCAAUUACUGUCGAAACACCAUCUAAGGAGCUAAAACCACGUUUCGACCAAGUCAUAUUUCCGGAAACCACUAACUCAUUUUCAGGCAAUCCUUCUUUUGCAUUUUUGUUUUACUCUUCCACUCCUGUUUUUUUUUUCAAACAAAUAUCGGCGACAGUAUUUGAAGCCAUUUUAAUAAGUCAAUUUCGUUAAUGACCAAAAUAAAUCUAAUCCAUUUGUGCCUACGCCGAGCAAUCUUAUCACAAAUAAUAUACGCCGAUUUAUUUCAUAACCAAUAUUUACAAAAGGCGAUGAAGUUUAGUUUUGUCUCCUCAAUUACAAGCAAUGUUGUCUCCUCAAUUACAAGACUGCGAAUAUUAGUUUUGCUAAACGUUACUUCUUUCUCGCACGUUUUUCAUUUGAGCAUGCUAGAUAACGUAGAAAAAACAAUGAUAAAUGAUACGAUAGAAUAAUGAAAAUUUUCAUUACAUUUCACGUCAAAGUCAGUAGCUGUAGAUAGUUUUUUCGCGGAUGAACUUGUAAAUGAUGUAAUUUUCUCCAAUGUAUAUUGAUGGCCUGCAAAAUCGCCAUUUGGUGUCCUCAUUUUUCUUUUUCUCGGCUUCUAAUUUUUGUCGCCUUCUUUGUAAGAAUUUCUUGCAGGAUCCAUUUUAUAGACACUUAACUGAUAUUAUAUGCAACUAAACAAGUACUGAGAACGUGUGAGAAAGCGAAAAAUAUAUUAACAAAUAAAACCGGUCUUUUAGAGAAAGAGAACUCAACUCAGACUUGGCGCGCAAAUGGAAUGCGCGCGCAGCCUUGAAUGGCUGUGAGCGGUUGUGAACGCGCGUACGCUAAAAUUGUAUAGCUCUGACAUAAUUUUGAAUUUCGCUAAAAUAGUUAAGAUCAUUCUUAGAGAUGUAAGGAAUUCGCCGCAAAAAAAUCUACAGAUGCUAGUACAGAUUUUUUCUAAUCUGUACUAGCAUCUUAAACCAAUGUUAUCUCGUUUAUUAUGUUCAUUUAUUCAAAAUUCCGAUGCUGUAAUUAUAACUAAAUACUAAAGUUGGUGCUCCAGAUUUUAUUACCUAAAAGUGUUUCUCCAAAAAUGUAUAAUUAUUGAAAAUCAACUUUUUUCAUUUAACUCAUUAUUGAUGUCUAGUCUUCAUUUGAUAGAAAUUUUUUAAAAUAGUGUCUCUAAAAAAACCUAUGAUUAAGUGGCACAUUGUUCACUUUUAUUGUUUUCUUUCUUUUGUCUAUUGCUUAUAUAUCACGUUACGUCAAGGGGCAUACAAGUUCGUACUCAUUUGUAAUGUAGUAUGCAUUCAGAACGAUUUCACAGAAAUUUAAAUAAAAUCCUUCAAAGAGCUGAAACAUCUACAUUUUUAUAUACCAUGUUAAAAGUUGAUGUCCGCAGUAACAAGUAUGUAUCAAUAGUUGUUAUACUAUAAUUUAAUUUGUUGUUAUUUACCUGUUUUGAUUUUUCUAGGUUUUUAAUUAUUAACCCUAAUAUUUAAGAGGGGACAAUGUAUUUUAGAAACAACUAUUCAAAAGUAAUAAUUAAUUCUUAAUAACUUUCAUAACUGGAAGUAACAUAUUACAUAUAGUUUAAACAUAUUUUUGUGUAGGUAUAUACAAAUACAAAAUAUUUUAUAUAUAAAAAGAAGAUUACGUCCUGGACAGGAUUGAUCGUUUCCAAGCGAUCAAGUUGAUGAAUUACAGACACUGCUUCAACUUCACUCUCAUAAGCAGGCAGCUAGACAUGUUUUAUGAUCUUGCUGGCAAGAAAUAAAUCGGAAGUUAAAAAAAUCGUAAUAGAUUUCUCAAAAAUCAAAUCACAACAACUUCUACUGUCACACCUAUUUCUGGCAGGCGAAUAAACGUUCGCCCGCUGAAAACCAAAAUUUUUACUUGACUUCGGGAUAAUAUUCCAGUACUACUUGACUGGUGAAAUGCCAGAUCAAGACUGAAUUCCCAUCCAUUCUCACAGCCGUACCCACUUAACGACUUUUGUCAAUGUAAAUAAAUAAUUGGAUUAUGUUUAUUCUACUCGAAGAUUUUGAGACGUAAAUUAAAAGUUUUUAAUAGGAACUUAUGAGAUUUACAGAAAAAUACGAAUUAAAAAGAAAAAAAAAACAAUUGCUGUGUAAAUAAACAUUUAGAGUAUUCCUUCUCAGUCGAAAUUCUAAACGUGUCACUUUUGAAGAUUUGUUAAACGCAAAUUUAAACUUAUACGGAGUGGACGAAAAAAAUGAUACAGUAUUAUAAUUUUCAUAACUUUUGGGAUUAAAUUAAGAAAUUAUAAAAAACACAAAUUAAACAAUUAAAGGAGAUGCAAUAAUUGUUUAAAGAAACCUGUUGUUGGUUAAAUGAUUUAGUCAUAAUUCGUUAUACCAACGUAUAGUGUAAGCGUGUGUAUUUACCGCAAAAUUAAAGUAUUAUUAUAGUAAUUUAUAUAAAUCACUUUAAAAUAUUUAUUUAUGUAUCUAUCUAAAACAAAUUUUCUUUAUUUUACUGUACAAAAUAACACAUUAUUUUUCUGAAUAGUUGUUUCUGUAAUGUCAAGUUUGUGUUGAAUGUGAUAGAUAUCGUAGUUACCUUUUUUCUACCAAAUUUCAAUAGUUAACAAUCUAUAAUAUACAGCUCGAAUAUUAAGGCUAUUUUUUAAAUUAGUCCCAUAACUCUUUAAAUAACCUGUCAAUGAAAUUGAUUCUCGGAAUAUUAUGUUACCAUUAAGAAUAUUUUUGUAGGAAAAUAUUAAUUUUAGUAUUGUGUAAUUCUGUGUGAAUAGCAAUUUGCAAUAUAAAAUAAAAAACUGCGUAACCGUA